AUGGAUAUGAUUAAAAAGGGCAAAGGUCGAAAGGUGGUGACUGUAAAUGUGGAUCCUGCAAGGGAGAAGAAAGCGAAUGAAGCCCACCACAUUAUGACUGAAGCAGCCAUACCUGUAGUUGACAGUGCCAUCAGAAAUGCCGUUCAGCAUGUGGAAGAGGCUACAAACCCCUAUAAAAACAUCGACUGGAUCACUCAUGGUGAAUUCACAGUGGAAAAAGGCCGUGAACAAAUUGACCAAUUCAUAGCGACUUGGGAGCAUGAAGGAAGCUGGGUGCAUGCCACAGAAUUUGCAGAGAAGAAAGAUUUAAUCCACUCCUUCCACUAUAUCUACCACGUAUACUGGAGUUUUACAACUCCUCCUAGACCUCUGGCAAAAUUCAGUGCUCUUGCCUACUUCAUCAUCAAGUUCAACAAAAGCAAACCUCCGCAUAUGCCUGUUGAUGUCUUGUAUUACUUCGAGGAGAGUAAACUGAUUCAUAGACCAGGAAUGAGUCGAUUUCGAGAACAAUGGCUGCAUCAUAUCAUUGACGCCAAAUAUUCUUUACUGAAGUCGAUCACCACAUUGUAACGCAGUUGCAUCUGAUUACUAAAGAAUGUUUUAGGACUGUCUCCGCAAUCGACUAUA